CCUUCUCCGACCACAAUCACCACUCUCUCCCUCUCCUUCCUGGCUUCCCUCCCCUUCCAUACCCUCAACUCUUUCUCUCACUCCUUUCCCCGCCAUGACCAACUCUUCCAAGAACAAGUUCUUCCUUUGUUUUCGCCCUGUCGUCGAUCUCGACGUCAUGCUUGACUCUCCCGUUCCCUCUCAUCCCUCCCCUGCUUGUCGUUUCUCCUCUGAUUCUGCUCCCCAUAAGGAUGAAAUCCAUAACCCACACAGUUCCCUGCCCCCCAAACGCAAGCUUUCUCGCCUCAUCAAAGCCAUGGUCUUCGAAACCAUCCUGAGUCGAAGAUCUCAUCGCAAAAACCGCUCCCGCCGGGAUUCUUUUGAAUCAGAGGGCAGUUAUUCGACGACAUGCACGGAGGAAACCUCGUCGACCGGCGAUGACAGAUCCAUAUUGAGCCAAGCGUCACUGGAGAUCAGUAGUAUUCAAGAUAUAAACCCCGACUCUUGGUUUUCAUCGGACUCAAAGUUUUUACGCAAGUCCGAGUCUUGCCCCUCGGAAGCAAAACCCAGAAAAAGAAGCCGCCGAGACCCAUUAGAGAAGAAGCGAACCAAGUUGAACUGCUCCGGAAUAUUUACGCUUCUCUUAAGCUUAAUGCUUACGGUGUUUUGGGGUAAGAUUCUGGGCAUUAUGUUGACAUCAGUCUGGCUCUACUCUUACUCUGUUCUGAGAGCAAGAUACCUGAGGCAGAAAACAGAGAGGAAAUUAAAGAAGGGAAGAACGGGAAUCACAAGGGACGGCGACAAUAAAGGGCAUUAAAUUUGAUGUGAAAGCAGUGUGUAUUGUGGUUGAUGAAUCAGGUCCUGGAAGGUUCUUUAUUGAAGUACAAAGGGGGAGGCAUAAAUUUCUCUGGCUGUGUAGUUUCUGGCGUUCGGCGGAGGGAGGGAUCACAUCAGAUCAGAGAGUAACAUCCCCAAGAAUAGGUUCCAUCUUUGAAGAUUCUGACAAAUAUCUAACACUUAGAAUUAACCCAGUGUAGUUAAUGAAAUUCCUCUCUGUAAAGACUACAGAGGUUUGGUUGUUGCCUGUCUAAUUAAUUUGUUGAAAAAAUUUCGACUCCAAUUUAAUGAGCACAGUGAUCGUCUUUAAGUUCCCGGUC